AUGAAUAAAACAGCCCCAUUCAACAACUUAGAGAACGCAAAACUGCGAGAGUUCGCUGACCUCUGCACGGACAUGGAGAGCCAAAUGAGCUAUCUGCCCGGCCUUGCUUGCCUAAUCUUUCCUAAUGCAAUACAACUAAUUCCUGAAAGGCUGCCCCUAUUUUUAUGUCAAAAAUGGGAGAAAGAAAUCUCUAAACACACGGAGUGCUUAGCCUUCCAUGCUAAAUCUCUUGAUGAGGGGACCGAAUGGCUUCUUGCAGCCGGACUUUGCUACUGCUGCCUGUCAAAGGGACACAUGGCCAGUGACUGUAAGGAGAACAUAGAGUGCAGCAUAUGCAAGGACAAAGUCAUGCAGCUCUCCUUCACAGAGAGAGAACAAGGCCCCCUACCCAAGGUGGAGAAGCCAUUGACUCAAAAUGCAGAUCGAUGUGUCAUGCUAUAG